GGAGAAAGGCGCGUGUUCAUAUUUAUUUGUCCAGAGCAAAGCAGAGGAAAUCUAGUACAGUGGGGACCAUGGGCCGUUUGGAUGGAAAAGUGAUUGUUCUGUCGGCUGCAGCACAAGGAAUUGGAAGGGCAGCUGCCAUUGCCUUUGCUAAGGAAGGAGCUCAGGUCAUUGCGACAGACGUCAAUGAAACGAAGCUGAAAGAACUGGAAGCUUACAAAGGUAUUCAGACAAGAGUUUUGGAUGUCACUAAAAAGGAUCAAAUUGAAAAUCUAUGCAAAGAAAUUGAUAGAAUCGAUGUUCUCUUCAAUGUAGCUGGGUUUGUGCACCAUGGAACCAUACUGGAUUGCACGGAGGCAGACUGGGACUUCACUAUGAAUGUAAAUGUCCGGAGCAUGUACUUCAUGAUUAAAACAUUCUUACCAAAAAUGCUUGCACAGAAAUCAGGAAAUAUUAUCAACAUGUCUUCUGUGGCAUCAAGCAUCAAAGGCGUGGUGAACAGGUGUGUGUACAGUACAUCAAAAGCAGCAGUCAUUGGUCUGACCAAAUCUGUUGCAUCAGACUUCAUUGAUCAAGGCAUCCGUUGUAACUGUAUUUGUCCAGGGACUGUGGACACUCCAUCUUUAAGAGAAAGGAUUCAAGCAAGGCCAGACCCUGAGCAGGCUUUAAAGGACUUCCUUGCUAGACAAAGGACUGGCAGAAUGGCUACUGCAGAAGAAGUUGCCCAUCUCUGUGUGUACCUGGCAUCUGAUGAAUCUGCAUAUGUCACUGGUAAUGAGCACAUCAUUGAUGGAGGCUGGAGUCUAUGAGCUACACUGGAUGGAUGUUGGAGGGUCCAAACACUUUUCUUUAUUCAUGAAAUAUGAACAUAAAGUAAAAAUAAACACUUUCUAUCCAACAA